AUGUCGCACCCAUGCGGAGAACUGAAAGAAGAACGCGCGCUUGUCGAAGCAAUCCAGCGACGCGACAUUGCAGAAGUAACCCGGCUUUUGGAUGAUGGAGUCUCCCCUGAUGGGCCCAGUUUAGACCGUCCCCCGCUAUGGUACGCUGUUCACGCAGAUAAUCUUCCUGCCACCAGGGCCUUACUUGCUGCGUCGGCGAAUGUCCACCUCCGCAAUAUCUACGGGGAGACUGUGCUAUACGACGCAGCGUACCAUAGUUCCCUGCCUGUGGUGCAGGCGCUGGUACAAGCUGGCGCAGAUAUUCAUGCCCGGAGCAAGACGGGACGGGUUAUCCACCACGCAGCAGAAGCCGGCCGUAUAGAUACCGUGCAGUGGAUUCUGAACAAUCACUACUUUACUAUCAAUAUGUCUGGGGCCCACGGCUGGACGCCAUUGCUCUACGCUGCGCUGGCUGGUCAGAGUGCGAUGGCCUGCUUCCUACUCGAGAACGGGGCUGACCCGACGAUCAGAUCUAAGCCUGGCGGCCACUCGGCGUUACACUACGCUGCGUGUUCGGAGCGAAAUGAAACUGGGGAGUGGAAAGACGACGCCACUCUUGUCCGCGACCUGAUCGAGUAUGGCGCGGAUGUCAAUUUGCCUGCUGAUGCGCGGCGUCCCUCAUUCAGCGGGGAGAAGGGGGAGUUUCAGGAUGAAUUUGUGAGAAUUUCUCUUAGGGACAUCUAA